CUGAAUUUGGAGGUCCUUUGGAUAGCUUUUUUUGAAGGAGCAGCUAGAACCUUUUUUUUUGUGCUCUAAUAAUCCCUUCUCUGCAAGAGAAGACUGGUGGAGAUCACACUUUCACAAAAAUAUAUGCAAAAUAUAUUUUUUUCACCUGAGCAGAGAUACUAGAAAAUGGCCUCGCAGAAUAGAAUUCUAAUUAAAGGGGGCAAAAUCGUUAAUGACGACUGUUCCUUUUUUGCGGAUGUCUUCAUUGAAGAUGGGCUGAUAAAAGACAUAGGAACAAACAUAGUUCCUACAAGAGCGGAAGGCUUACAAAUAUUAGACGCUAGGGGCAAACUGGUGAUCCCUGGAGGUAUCGAUACCCACACGCACUUCCAGUUUCCCUUCAUGGGAACAUAUACGAUUGAUGAUUUCUAUCAAGGAACAAAGGCUGCAGUGGCCGGAGGAACCACUAUGAUCAUGGACUUUGCUGUACCUAAGAAAGGAUGUUCUCUGAUUGAAGCUUUUGACACGUGGCGUGGCUGGGCGGACCCUAAGGUUUGCUGUGACUAUGCCCUCCAUGUGGCUGUCACCUGGUGGAGUGAAAAGGUGAAGGAAGAGAUGGCGAUUCUUGUGAAAGACAAAGGAGUCAAUUCCUUUAAGAUGUUCAUGGCCUACAAAGACAUCUACAUGGUUAACGAUUAUGAGAUGUACCAGGUCGUCACCUGCUGUAAGAAUAUUGGCGCUAUCGCCCAAGUGCACGCAGAGAAUGGGGAUUUAAUCGCUGAGGGUGCAAAGAAAAUGCUGUCCCUGGGGAUCACAGGUCCAGAAGGCCAUGAGUUGUGCCGCCCGGAGGAAGUGGAGGCAGAAGCCACCCAGAGAGCUAUCACUAUCGCCAACUCCGUAAGCUGCCCUCUCUUUGUGGUUCACGUGAUGAGCAAAUCGGCGGCCAAGGUCAUUGCAAAUGCGCGGAGAGAAGGUAAAGUGGUAUUUGGGGAACCAAUAGCUGCCGGUCUUGGUACCGAUGGUACACAUUACUGGCACAAAGAUUGGGCCCACGCGGCGGCACAUGUCAUGGGGCCCCCACUUCGCCCUGAUCCAACAACCCCAAAGUACCUCAUGAAUUUGCUUGCAAAUGAUGAUCUAAGCGUUACAGGGACAGAUAACUGCACAUUUGACACAUGCCAGAAGGCGCUUGGAAAAGACGAUUUCACCAAGAUUCCCAACGGUCUGAACGGCGUAGAGGACAGAAUGUCUGUUGUGUGGGAGAAAGGAGUGUACAGCGGAGACAUGGAUGAGAACAGAUUUGUAGCUGUCACCAGUUCCAACGCAGCAAAGAUUUUUAACAUGUAUCCGAGGAAGGGGAAAAUCUCGGUUGGCUCUGAUGCAGAUGUUGUGAUUUGGGAUCCAGAAGCUAGCAGAACCAUUUCUGCUAAAACCCAUCACCAAGCUGUGAAAUUCAAUAUAUUUGAGGGCAUGGUUUGCCAUGGAGUCCCUCUGGUCACUAUUGCUGGUGGAAGAGUGGUAUAUAAAAAUGGAGUGUUUCAAACAGUGGCAGGUCAUGGGAAAUAUAUUCCACGCAAGCCAUUUGCCGAAUAUGUCUACGGACGGAUUUUAAAAAGAGAUGAAGUAUGUCAACCUGUUCCAGUCCAAAGAGAGCCAUACAAAGGAGAAGUCAUCAAGUUAAAGUAAAUGCGGCAGCAUCAGCAACAGGACAACACAUUAAUGGUGAAAAUGAAAUAUGGAAACCCGAGGUCAAGAUGCUCCUAAUAUACAUAUAUUUCUCCUCCAUAUAUUUCAUAAUGUGUAGAUUUUACACUGUAGAAUAUAUAGCAAAGAUAGGCAUUCAUUUGUUCUGCUAUACAAUGGACUGGUAUGCUGAAACUUCUAGUUCCACAACUAGCGAAUUGAAAGGUUGCCUACCACUGCUAUAGAAAAUGUUACAGCCCAUUAUUCUGAGCAUGCAGUAUUGUGUCAGCAUUGUAAAGUAAUAUAAGUUACAGUAUAUCCGCUGCUAGAUUUACAUUAACGAUUCUCUGGCAAAACGGCUAAAAUAUCAACAAACUGGUCCGGUGUCACAUGUCGCUCACUAAUAACUCAUUGCACCCUUCAGUGGAUCACUCUCAGUUACAGUUAGUUCAAACCAGGGUCGGACUGGCCCACAGAGGUACCAGGGAAACCACCGGUAGGCCCCACUGCCUGAGGUCCACUCCUUCCUCUAGGGAUCAGGUUCCAGACUGUGCACUUGUAUUAUACAUGGUCAGAGCCGGCCCUAACCAAUAUGAUGCCCUAGGCAAGAUUUUGGCUGGUGCCCCCUAGCACCACCGCUGGUUCCGCCUCUGACCUUGCACCUCUUUCCCAGCACCAUCACCCCUCAUCCAUAGCAGUCCUUAUUUUGGGGUUUGUACCCCCUAUAUUUUAAAUAGGAACAGUUCGCACAUUUGGCGCACAUCCCAAAAAGAGGUGUGUUUUUGCUAGCAAGGGGCAUGGCCACACAACAGUAACACCAAUUCCAAUUACGUCACACAGUAUUCACAUUUGAUCAUGCGAUAGUGUCCAUAAUUCAUAUUACAUCCCACAGUAGUAUCACUUUACCUUAUAAAUGUUACUCCUCACAGUAGAGCCCCUUAUUCACAUUACAUCACACUGAAUUGCUCCUUAUUCACAUUACACCACACCCUAUUGCUCUUUAUUCUCAUUAGACAACACAGUAGUGCCCUUUCUAUACGCAACGCCACAUAGUAGAGCACCUUAUACACAUAAUGCCACACAGUAAUGCCCCUUACACAUAUGAGACACAUUAUUAAUGUCCUUUUAAACAUAAUGCGCCUUACACAUUAUGACAACCUUUAUUAACGCCCUUUUACAUAUAAUGUCCCUUAAACAUAUGCCGCACAUUAUUCAUCCCCUUAUACACAUAAUGACACACAUAGUGCCCCCUACACAUUUGCUGCACAUUAUUAGUGCCCCUAUACACAUAAUGACACACAUACAGUAGUACCCUGUUACACAUAUGCCGCACAUUAUUAAUGCCCUUAUACACAUAAUGACACACAUUGUGCCCCUUACACAUAUGUUGCACAUUAUUAAUGCAUUUUUACAUGACACACAUAAUGCUCCUUACACAUAUUCCGAACACUACUGCACAACCAACCCACUCACAUGCACACAACACUCACACUAACACUGUGACCUCUGCCUCUGCUUGAAUACAGAUGUGUCCUCAUAAAUCUUGCCUCAAUGCUAACGUCGGGCACAUUUUUUUAAUGAAAAUACAUCUUUUAUGCAUUGCUAUGUGGCUAGGAUGAACAAGCAGCUUCUGCUGAUUAAAAUGAUAUGCAGCAUGCCUAUAUACUUUGUGAGACUGUAUCUGCAUAUGAAAUGCUACACACAGAAUAUAGGCAUGCCGCAUAUCAUUUUAAUCAGCAGAAGCUGCUGAUGCCCCUAGGCAUAUCAAAUGCCCUAGGCAAUUGCCUAGUUUGCCUAUGCCUAUGGCCAGCUCUGUCUGUACAUGGUAGAUAUGUUGCAUUACACUGCACUAGACUAUUGUAUAUUUCAAACCUCUGUGGAGGCUGUCCACACACCCUUUGUAGGCUGGCCACACCCCUAAGUAUGGGCCCCUAUAACUGCAUUCUCCCGGUGGGCCCUUCAUGCCUCAGUCCGACACUGGUUCAAACACUUAAAGGAAAAGAUCACAAAUAGUGGUUUUGGGCUUUGGAGAAGUUUUUCCUGGAUGUUGAGGCAAAAGGAUAAUAUACAGUAACUGUCUCUCUUUAUAUAUACAUAUACUGUAUAUUACAGUGGGCUUUCAAAAUUUCUAAAGGAAGGGAUAUGGCAGCCUAUUAUUCCUCAAUUAAUAUUUGUGAGAUAUACCACCCCAUUUUAUCGCACACAUGCGAUCACUUUACUUUGACACACCGCAGGGAUGGGUUCCGUCCCUGCACGUGAACAAUUCUACCUGCUGUCAGUACUUCAUUUCUUAUUGCCGCAAAUAUUGGCAAUAACAAAUGAUACUUAUUGGGUCAAAAGCCUGAUAAUUAAUAAAUGGGUCCCUAGAUCUCUAUGAACAAAUAUAAUUUUAUUUUGUGUAGUAAGUCUAUUUAGCACAAGAACACUUGGAGUCUCCUAUUGAAGAUUAUAGAAGACUGAUGUCUGAUUGUUACUUGUUAAGGAUCAACUCCUAUUUUACAUCACUUUUGCGAUUACUGGCACUAUGAAGCAGGGGGCGGGGCCACGAUGACACAAUGUGACGCAAAUCACAUCAUCGGUUGCCUGUAUCCCCCACUUCACUGAGGAAGUGGGCAGCCGUGGACAGAUGGACUCCCGGAGACUUGCUCACUCUUACAGGCGGCUGGGAGUCUCCCGGACGUUCUUUGACAGUAGGCAAAUAUGUUUUACAUAGCAGGAUUAAUAUUCACUAUCAUUUUAUAAUUAGUGGUCAUUUAACACAAGUUAAGUAUGUAUGUAUGUAUCACGCAGCAAUAAUCUAUAUGCAAAGAAUCUGCUUUCUCAAAAUAUAUAACUCUCAAUAAACUUUUCAUCUGAAAAGCUGCUUAUCGUAGGUAACCUACAUCACAAGUGCCUGGGACCAAUCACCUGAUGCACAGUUGAGUAACAAUAUCAGUUUUGUAGACAAUAUGUAUUUAUGUUACACAUUAUUUACAAUAUGACAGGACUAAUAAAACCGUACUAAUUGUUUGUGACCCAAUUACUUGUUUUCUUAUUAGCUUCUUUCCUUUUAUAGCGACAAUAAACCUAAUGUAUGAUGAAUCAAAUAAAAGUGCUUUAAUUAUAGAA